AUGCCGGGUCCUUCCCCGCCCGCGUUGUCAACGUGGCGCAGUCGCAUCAAGGGCUGGAUCCCCCCCAGUGACCUGCCUGGAUCGGUCCAGCCCACGCCUUGUAACUUCAACCGCUACGCGCUUCUUUUUUUUUACGUCAUCAGUGGGUGUGUAACAGGCGUCGUAUUCUUUGGGUGGCCUGCGAUGGCGUCUCUGAUCUUCCACAACGCGGGGUUCUCGACCCUCUGCACGCGAGACCCCGACACAGGUGAUUUUUCCCCCGAUUUCCGAAAGGAAGGAAAAAUGUUCAUCUGCGACGCGCAAGACGCGGCAAUCCAGAAACUGUACCCGGUGGCAGGCGUCCUCUGCUGCAUCAUGAGUGCCUGUGGCGGGGCGCUCCUCGACUUCAUCGGCCCCAAGUUGACCAUGUGCCUCGGACAAACGCUCUCCCUCAUCGGUUGGCUGUUCCUGGCCUUCUCAGGAGCGGCUCCAGGCUCGUACUACGCCGGCAUCGCCCUCAUCGGCCUCGGCGCCGACGUCGGGUUUCUCCCCACAAUGUGCGUCACGCGACUUUUCCCCGGCUCCGCGGGCUUGGUCAUCACCCUUCUCAGCUCUGCCUCGUCGGCGAGCUCCGCGGUUCCGGUGGUCCUCGCAAAGAUCGUCGAGCAGCAUGGGGUGACUCUCAAGACUGUCUCGCUCUGGUACAUCUGCUGCGGCCCCGUGGUGUCCAUCAUCAUUGCGGUCUUCCUCAUGCCGAGACGGAACUACCUGGUCGGGGAGGACGGCGCGCACAGCGAGAGCAACAAAUUCGAAAAAGGCCCCGCGAAGAUGUGCGAAACCGGCGACGGAAGAAGUGUAGGUGCCGUGGACGGCUGGGACGCAGCGUCCGCAGGCGAGGUGUCGAGCCCGAGACGGAAACCCGCCAAAGCGGAGGCAGGAAGGCAACUGCGGUUUCUGUCGACGCACAACUCGCUCGCCUCGGACCAAGACACAACGGGAAACUCGGGGGUCGAGGAAGACAGAGGCAGGUCGACUCGAGUCGAGGAAAGUUGCACUGCGGCGCCUUUUCCAGAGCCGAGUUUGGGUACGGCCGCGCAGUUCGCUGGCCAGGCCGAGGGCUCGAGACUGGAAAAGACCGAGGAGUGCAGAAACCGGGGACAGGAGACUGCCGGCCGUGUACAGAACACCCUGUUCGCAGGAGAGAGGAGCCCGACAAGCGGAGAAAUCGGGCUUGUGGCCGACGCAGAGUCAUGCGAGAAGGGUGAGGACGGAGGAAACGACGUCGUCGUGUCGUUCCCCGGGGAACCUGCCCAAGGAAACGGCCCCCAGCAGGCCAUCGCGACGCAGGGAGAAAUUCACGAGUGUCCCAAGGCCGAGAGUAAAUACAGAUGCCCAGCGCGGGCUUCGUUUUUUGGACAGCUGUUCUCAGAACGCUACCUCAUCGUCGCGGUGUAUUUCAUCGGUGUGGCCGGGGCUGCCACCUUCUACCAACAGGCCCCCCGGCGCAUGUUCACUGACCCGGUCGUCGACUUCAUGGAGAUCCUGCAGCCUCUGGGUUUUCUGCCGUGCAUCAUUUUGGGCAAGUGUGCAGACGUGUUUGGCAUUUUGAAGAUUCUAACCGUCGUUAACACUUUUGGGGUACUCAUGUAUGCCACCUCCAUGGUUCGGGGCUUCGACAACGCCUUGGGGUACACCUCGGUGGUGUUGUACACCUUGUACAUGUCGGUGUUCACGAGUCAAAUCUUUGUGUACAUCGAGGCCACCUUCUCCCCCCAGUACUUUGGCAAGUUGAUCGGGCUGACAGCUAUGUGUGGAGGCCUCUUUUCCGUGGUCUCCAGUUCGCUCUACGAACACGUCGUGAUUGGCGUCGGCAAGGGCGACCCUCGUAUCAUGCAAAUCGCCAUGACCGUUUUCCUGGGGUUUCAGUACCUUUGGAUCGCCCGGCUGUUCUGGCUGAAGAAAAGAGACCCGAACCCAUACCGCAGCGGGCCAGCGCGCCUAGCGUCGUCAGACACUCCCAGUGCACGGGCGCUGCCCAUUUGCCAGGCUCCGUUCGAGCCGGUUUGCCAGGCCUAG